CCCAUGCCCAUCGCUCUUCUCUCCGCUGCAUGUCAUGUCGCCACGCCAUUUUUCUGCCCCGGCCGCUGAUCGCUGCCGUCCCAAUUCCCAUGCAGCCCAUACGCCGCGUAGUCAAAAUGCGAAUCGUUCCGGCGCGUCCUGACCUCUGCCCAUUGACCUUGAGCCUCUCCCACACUCGACUUUCAACUCGACUAUCCUCCUCUCCUGCUCGUCCCUCCUCCUUCUUCGGCCGUCUGUCCGUCUCUCUCUCUCUCUCUCUCUCUCUCUGCUGCUCGUUCUCUUCUCUUCCACCUACCCGGUCGACGACAAGCCCACCCUCAUUACAGUGUGGCUUGAUACCCCCUCAACAACCCCCUCCUUCACCAUGGGAUCUCUCGUCUGGGAUGAUGAGAACCGCUGGGUAGGCAAGCAGCCCUGGUGGAAGGACGCAACCUUUUACCAAGUCUACCCCGCCAGCUUCAAGGACUCGGACGGCGACGGCUGGGGAGAUCUUCCCGGUCUCAUCGCCGAGGUCGACUACCUCCACGAGCUCGGCGUCGACGUCGUCUGGGUCUCCCCCAUCUUCGAGAGCCCCCAGGCCGACAUGGGCUAUGACGUCUCCGACUACCAAAAGAUCUACGCACCCUACGGCACCGUCGACGACGUCGAUGCCCUGCUGGACGAGUGCCACAAGCGCGGCAUGAAGGUCAUUCUCGAUCUCGUCGUCAACCACACCUCUGUCGAGCACGACUGGUUCAAGCAAUCCCGCUCCUCCAAGGAGAACCCCAAACGCGACUGGUACAUCUGGAAGCCUGCGCGCUACGAUGCCAACGGCGUGCGGCAUCCACCGACAAAUUGGCGCGGGUACUUUGCAGGCCCGACGUGGACCUGGGACGAGCACUCCCAAGAGUACUACCUACACCUAUACGCCCCCGACCAGCCCGAUCUGAACUGGGACAACGAGGCCUGCCGCGAGGCAAUCUACGAGGACACGAUGCGCUUCUGGCUGGAGCGCGGCGUCGACGGCUUCCGCAUCGAUACCGUGAACAAGUACUCCAAACGCACAGACUUCGUCGACGCCCCCAUCACCGACCCCACGUCGCCGCACCAGCCCGCGCCGGAGAUGUGGUGCAACGGCCCCCGCAUCCACGAGUACAUCCGCGAGAUGAACCGCAAGGCCCUGGCGCCGUAUAACGCCGUCUCCGUCGGCGAGCUGUCCCUGACGCCGCACCCGUCGCAGGUGAUCCCUUACGUCUCGGCCGCGGCCAAGGAGCUGGACAUGGUGUUUGAGUUUUCCGUGAUUCGUCUGGGUAACGGGAAUGGGUUCGGCGCAAAGUAUAUUUAUCAGCCGUUCCCGCUGUCGACGUUGAAGAAGUACACGGAGACGUGGCAGUCUUUCAUCGAGGGGACGGACGCGUGGGCGACGGCGUUUUGCGAGAACCAUGAUAAUGGGCGUGCGGUGUCGAGGUUUGGCGACGAUUCUACGCCGGAGCUGUGGCUUGCUUCGGCGAAGACGAUUGCGCUGUGGCAGGCCACCAUGUCCGGGACGCUGUUCUUGUACCAGGGUCAGGAGAUUGGUAUGACCAAUAUGCCGGCCAGCUGGGGGAUCGAGGAGUAUAAAGAUAUCGAGAGCGGGAAUUUCUACUCGGAGGCGUUGGAGUCUGGAGAUGCGGAGCGGAUCGAGAAGACGAUGCACGGCUUGCGGAUCUUGGCGAGGGACCACUCAAGGAUACCGUUCCAGUGGGACGAUAGCCCGAAUGCAGGGUUCACGAGGGAGGGCGCGAAGCCGUGGAUGAGGGUGCAUGAUGAGUACAAGUCCAUCAACGCGGCGAAACAGCGUGGUGACCCGGAUUCUAUUCUGUCGUUUUAUAAACGGGUGCUGAAGCUGAGGAAGCAGCACCGCGAUGUGUUUGUCUUUGGAUCACAUCGGUUGGUUGACGCUGACAACGAGAGGACGUGGGUUAUACUCAAGGAGAGCCCUGCGCCGGUGAAUGGUAAAGAGGGCGGGGUGAAGAGGAAGGCGCUUGUGGUGAUGAACUUUUCAAAGGAGGAUGGGGAGGAUGGGGAGAAUGGUGGGGAUGUAGCUGCUUUGCUUGGGUGUGAGGCCGCUGAGGUGCGGUUGUUAGUCGGGACGAGGGAGGGUGGGGAGUUGGUGAAGGGGGUUGCGCCGUUGUUGAAGGGGUGGGAGGCGAGGAUUUAUACCAAUUUUUGA